GGAGUUUGUAUUUGGAUCCUCCGGGACCAACCGGCCCCACUACCCCGCCAUCUCAUGCGGGGAGCUAUCAGCCGAUCCCGUCACCUGCUCUGAUUCGCCGUCACCACGACUUACCUGAUCGAGGCAGGACCGGUGAUUCCUCUAGUGUCUCGUAGAUCGCGCAAGAGUCUCUAUCCAAGGUUGUGCAGAUUACCUACAUUGCCUUUCUCCCCCGCCAUCCGCAUAAUCUCCUCUUGCUUGCCUAGCUCACGAUCCUGAGAAGAGCUUCCUCAUCUCCACACUGCGGAACUGGAAGCCUACGAGGUAUUCUUCCAUAUUCUUACCCCGAAUUAGGCAGUGCCGUGUGUGUGGGCGUUUACUCGCGCGUACACCGCAUACCGUAUACUGGAGGAUUCAAACACGCCGCCGUCAUGUUCGCCUCGCUAUCGUCAUCCUUGUCGGGGAGGAAUGCGCCGCCGCCGCAGCCUCCGCCGGCACCAUCUUCAUCGACGACCUCAACAUCGCAACACCCCAGCAUGUCCAGCGCGUCCCGCGCAGAGCACUCCCAGUCCUCAAACACCUCCGUCUCCGCCUCCGCGGCCCCGCAAGCCCGUCAUCAACACAACUUCCUCGGCACCGCUCAACAUGCACCACCAGCCCCCGCCUCCUCGGCGGCAUCAGUCUCACCACCCCAACAACCCCUCCACCAGACCCUCCCCUCCGCAGACCAACAACACCACAUCUCCGAAGCGCGCGCCGCCGUCGUAGCCUCCAUCGGCAACAUGCUCGACGGGGAACUACAGACCCGCGCGCGGAUGCUGCACGCCAACGCGGCGGCGCUCGAUAAGCAGGAGCGCGACGUCGUGCGGGCGACUGAGGCGCUGCGCAAAGAGAAUGAUAAGCUGGCCAAGUUCUCGGGUGACGCGGCGCGGAGAGUCAAAGAGCUGGGGAAUGUGCAGAAUUGGGCCGAGGUGCUGGAGCGGGAUUUUUUGGUGCUGGAGGAGACGUUACGGCUUGUUCGGGAAGGGGGCAGUAGCUGUGGGAGCGGGUGUGAGUGUGAGAGCUGUGACGGGGGGAGUUGGAGCGGGAGUGGGAGCUGGAGCGGCAGUGAGGUUGGGGAUGGGGAUGGGGAUGUGAGGAUGGGAGAGGAUGCGCGUGGUGGUGAUGUGAAGAAGGAGGGGGAUGGUAAGGGGAAGAUGAAGGAGCGGCAUCACGAUGGGCAUCUUGAUAUGGAGAUUGAUGGUGGGCACGAAGAUUGUUCCGAGAGUCAGAGUUUGACUGAGGCCGAGUCGAGUACUGGGACGGAUGGCCGUGCAAAGGGGUCCGAGACGACGUCGAUUUCGACAUUGUGAUAGCUUUUCUUGGCGGUGAUGGACAGACGCGAUGAUACCUUUUCUUCAUGACUGAACGACCAUCAUGACAUAUUCACGAAACGGGCUGGAAUACGAACAACGAAGGUUG